CACUCAGUCGGACGGUUUGAUUUAACGUCACUGAACGAAUUAUAUUUUCUUCGAAAAGCAAUUUUUUUUCUUUGCAAAUUCUAGAAAGAGAAGGAAAACGAAUUGUAAUUUUUCGAACACGAAAACGAAUACGAUACACGAGUUAUUCAAAAUAGUGAAAAGUUUCUGAAAGAUGCAGAAAGAUUGAAUCAAUUUAAAGAGUAUAAAAAAAAGGACAAUCAACCAAAUCACGAAUUUCAUUGUGGCAAAUGUGAGCGCCAAAAAAAGAAGAGAAUUGAUAUCAAUCAUAAAUGCAAACGACAUUUCAAAGUAGUGAAUAGCUCAACGAUUUUGAAUAGAAUUAUUGCUGAUAAAAGUAAUCGUACUCGAAAUUACUUCUAUAUUUAGUGUAAAUCUGAAAUUAUUUCAAGUGUAACAUAUUUUUUUUUUUGUUGGUUUGCUCCGUAUCGACCAUAUUUUCUCAAUCCGUGUUGUUUAUUCGUUGUGUGCGCGUGUGUUGGAGAAAGUCAUACUAUGACACUUUGUCAGAUGGCAAAGUUUUUACAGGCACAAAUUGGUCACUGAAUCGAAAAAGAGAGCGAGAGAGCGAAACGGUUUUACCAACAGUGGACAAAAUGCAAAUAUAGGCAUAAAAUAAAACACGAAGUGUACCGUUAACAGUGGUGUUGAUCUCACGUUUCACAUCGAAAAAUGCAAUAGAAAAAUCACACGGCCGAAUUGGACACGAAAAAUCGGGAGCACCAGUACAGAAAAAAAGAGACGCAGAGAAAGAGAAAGAGAGAGAGUGUGGAUUGUAAUAUUUUGUUCGUGCUGUCAUACAAUCGAAAUAAAAAGUACACGCUCAACAAGGAAUAUUGAAUUGCCGUUAUUGACGCAAGCAAAUUUUCAUAAAAAUGGCAGAAGAAUCGAAGCAAACUAAAAUUCCUCGUUUCGAAAGUGGUACAUCGUCAUCGGUAGUAACACGAAUCCCGAAACCGGGUGGUUUUACGCGACAAAGCAUAGGUAUAUCAAAAUUGGCCCGACCACAAGUGAAUGGAAUUUCAUCGAAAACUCGAACUUCGUUCAAACCCGAAGCGAAUCCAAUUAUUUCCGAAGAGAUACCAUCAAAUUCAUUUCCACGAAAAUCACUGUUGCACCGUUUUGGUGUGGCAAAUAAAGUGCAAAUCAAAACCAUACCGCGGUUUCGAAACACAAACCCGCAGAGAACGUCACAACUGUUGCCUUCGCAAAACAAUGUCCGCAUUAUAAAUGAAACCAUGGAACUCACAAGAGGCACCGCAAUGAAUGUAACCAAACCAGUUAUUGAAUCGGAAAAGAAUAACGAUGCCAUUAUGGAUCGAACUCUAAUUAGAUCAAAUACAUUCGUUUGUGAUGAUGCACAGGCAAAACUAUCGAUAACACACGAUAUUCCGAUGGCAUCCAUACCAUCAUCAUCACAACCAAAUGACACAAUAAACCAAACAAAUCUCCAGCUUAACAAAGAGCGUACAUUUAAACGAAGUCUAUCGCCCAUUCCAGGGGAACCAAUGAAUUCAGCCAAACGGAAACUGAUGCAAGUGUCGUCAUCAUCAUCAUCGUUGUCGUCUUCGUCGGCGGCAGGGCAAAAAGUUAUGUCAGUUACACAUGUGAUGCCAAUGAACUCAACGCCACGUCGAAGCAUUACACAUUCCGAUGCAAGAAAGUCAAAUUUAACAUUUUUUGGUAGAAAAAGUGUAGAUUUCAGCGAAUCACAAGUGGACCAAUUACAAACAUUUACAUUUGAUAACACAACAUUCGAACAAAGCAACCAUUUUGCACCGGAUGCCACUAAAUUAGAUAGUGCAACGAAUGCAACGAUGCACAGCAACAAUCGCGUGUUCGAUCUAACACAAACCGUUGAACAGAAUGAUGCAUUCUAUCCAGAAACAAAAAAUUGCAAUGUAACUCUAACACUGGACUCUAAUGCAGCGGAACAUGAGCUAAAAAAUGAUGAUUCAAACAAACCCAACAUUACCAAAACCAUUUGCACUAACGAUACAGAUGGAAAUCUAACGAAAAAUAUCAUUGUGGAAAAAUCCCAGCCAAUUCAAAUAGGUGGAACUGGUGCGUUGAGUGAGGAUCUAUUGGUGGCUAAAAAGCGUUUUUCACUUGGUUUAGAAUUGCCCGAAUGCACAUUGGAUUGUUCGAUUGAAUUGUGUGAUUCAUCGGCGGCGACGUCUGCUCAAGAUAGCUCACCAUUAGUCAACUACAAUCCACAUUCAUACGACAUGGAAGAGAGCCUUGGAAUUUUAACACCCGAUCAAAUGAUUGAAUUUUUGGACACAAAUGCGACAAAUAUGAAAAUUGAAUUGCCAUCAAGUUUGCCAGCGAAAAUUGAACCGCAUAAAUGUCGUAUUGAUCAAACACCAUCGCCCGAAGAUUUGCCAUUGGACACGAUUGAAGUGAAAACAAUUGAUUCAUCAAAAAUUGAAGAUGUCGAUUUAACACUGCAACCAUCAUCAAUCGUUUGUGACAAUGAUGGCCCAUCACAAACCGAUUCAUACUCAAAAACUGACCAAAUGACAAAAUCAACUACCUCAAAAGUGACAAACAGUUUUAUUACAAGUGUUACGAGCAUCGCAAGCCUCGACAAUGGAUAUCAUGCCGAUGGUGAAAUGUCACGACCGGCCAGCCGUGGUGCUGAAUCGCCAAUGCGACGCGUUCACAAUGCUCGUCAAAAUAAAUUGUAUGCCGCUCAUGAUGUAAAUGUUCCGGUUGUUUGCCGACGUCAGGAUCCAAUGACCGAUUCGGAUUUCUUCACCGAAAGUGAUGCCGAUGUGGACAUUUUUCAUCGUGGUGAUCGUCGUGUACAAAUUAUCGACGGUCAUAUGUACAAUGCUCAAGGUGCUGAUGUAUUCAUUGACGAAGCACAGCCAGAAAAUGAGAUGGAAUCAAGCGGUGUUUAUACAGAUGUUGAUCAUCGUGAUGAUGUUCCUUCAAAUUCAAAUUCACAAAAUGAAAAUGAAAGUGAUAUGUCACCCGAUGGCUCAACCGAAACGAUUAAAAGUUCAGAAUAUGCAAAUAUUAAUGAAAACAAAAAAUCGAUGCCAAAAACUGAUGCAGACAAUAAUACAAAACAAAUGCAAAAACAACCAUGGGCUUCGCUACCAACACAAUCAAAUCAAUCGAUAGCAGCGAUGUCAAACAUUUCGAAUAGUUCAUCAACGACAAUAAACGACAGCGUUACGACUUGUUUGUGUGAAAAACCGAACAUUGACGACGGUGGUGGGGAUCAUGCUCAGCUGGUUAUCAGUGAGGCGUCGUCAUCGUUGCCGUCGUCGUCAAAUAAUAAUGAAAAUACAUCGUGUAAACUUCAUUCGAUCAUUUGCUCUGACAAUGACAAUAGCAAUAGCAAAACAGCUGCACCUCAAUUUAAAUCAAGUACACCAAAAGUGAAACGCUUCAGUCCAAAUCGUAAACAAUUUAAAAAUGACACUGGAUCAGGUCAUAGCAAACGAAAUGAAUCAGUUGGAAAACGUGAAUCAAAAUCGAUUGGUGUAAAAAAUCGUACAAGUGUUGUGUGUGGUUUAAAAAAAUCCCCAUCAAUAUCAUCAACAUCGCCAGGCUCAAAAUCACCAAUUGAAAAUGGUCGAAAUAGUAAUUGUGAAAAUGCCAAUACAAUCAAUAUGACCAGUGAUCAAUCGCCGAUUGCAGUGCACGUACGCAAAAUCGUACCAAAUAAAUGGGAUGCGGUCAUGAAUAAAAUUGCACUAAAUAAAGCCGAAGUGAAAACAGUAAAAUACAGUGAGGUGAAAUCAAAAGUAACAUGUGGUAUAAAACGUGCUUCACCAAAUUCAAAGACCACAACAAAUGAACAACAAUCGACAACAAGUGAUUCGGGUAAUUCGUCAUUGAUUUCAACCAAAUCAUCCGCAUCACCAACGGUCACUCGACAAUCAUCGCAUGGAAUUACAAAAAGAAGCAUCGAACGCGACAGCAGCAAAGAUAGUCACUUGAGCUUCAGUCGAGAUUCAGCCGUUGUAACACCGGGAAAACAAUCGAAGCCGACAACAUCAAGCGCACGUUCAUCGACCAAAAAACGUUCAUCGAUCCAAAAUGGAUUUAGUCCGAGUGAUACUAAAAUUGACACGACUGCAAAAACGGACCCAUCAACGGCCAAGUCGGUCACAUUGCAUAAACGGUUUCCAGCAAACAAUAAUCUUCAAACGACGACUUCGUCGCCAGUUUCAGAGAAACGAGCCACAAUCACAGCUAGCAAAAAGUCAUCGUCGGCAUCAAAACAUGUGAACCAGACUAGCACACCGGUGGCAAACAAAACGUCACACGCUAAAGAACUCGGUUUACAAUCGACGCCAGCACAUCCGUCAACCAUAAAUAAUAACAAUAGCAGCAUCAGUAAUAACAAUCACAGCACGAAGAGCGGAACGAAUUCAUCAAAAUUAGCAACGAAUGACGAACACCAUCAGCAGCCGCUAAUAGCGACUAUUCAUCGAAAUGGUAAAACGUCGGCAGCAACAUUAAUCGCAAAUAAAGCGGUAGCCGUGCCGCAAAUUAAUGCAAAAUCAACAGGAAAGUCAGCAUCUCGGACGAUUGUCAAUGGUGAAUUAAAUGAGAAUUUAAUUGAAUUUUCAUUCGUCGAUUCGAUUGAUGGUGAUACUACCGGUUGUUAUGCAUCGGCCACCGUUUCGACCAUAAACACUGAUAAAACAACACGGAAUUCAAAUCAGCAACAGAAGCAACAAACGGCAGCUGAUUUGAAUGUUAUAAAAGCGAACAAAACCAUUGUUGCAUUGAGCAUUUUAAUUCAGCAUUUAACGACAAACUUAAACGCAUUUGAAACGCCGUCACUUCGUGUUGCAUUAGAAACAGCCAAAGAUAAAUUAUUGGAAUCGCAACAUAAUUUAGAGACCAUGCGCACCAAAUGCAACUAUCUCGGAGAACAAAUGGUUGCAAAGGAAAAAUUCUACACAACGCUGAAGGAGACAAACGAACGUGAGCUGGAUAAGAUUAAAUUGAGUCUACGCGAAACGGAAAAAUCGGCCCAGGAACAAAUUAAAUUGCUGCAAUAUGAAUUGGUUAAAGUCAAUCAACAAAAUAUUGAUGCAUUGAAGUUAUGCCAAAUGAAAGCAGACAGACAAUGCAGUGAACUGGAAACACAACUACAGUUGGCCCGUGACAGAGAAUUAGAGCUUGUGGAACGGUUGAACAAUUUUACCGUAACCGAAAAUCAAUUACGCGAUAAAGUGCAAGCAAGUGAACAAGAAUUCAGUGAACGUUUAAUUGCGGCCACAGCACGUGAGCGGGAAUUAAAUGAAAAGGUGGCUCAACUAACGCGACAAUUGAAAAUCAGCGAUGAUAAACGAUAUGAGCUCGAAGAAAAGGUCAAAUUGGCAUGCGACGAAACAAAUGAUCUGCGUCAUCGACGAAAUAGCAGUGAACAUUCAAUAUCAAAUGGUAAUAAUUCAGUACAAAAUCAAUCAAGUAGUUCGGUGAUGCUCGAAGAGGAAGUGCUAAGUCUUCGCAGUGUAUUGGAUAUGAAAUUGAAUGAAAUUUCGGAAUUGCGAAAACAAAAUCAGUCGAUGGUUCAAGCUCAGGACGAAUUGCCAAAGGCACAGCUCAAAAUAUCUAUUCUUGAAUCAAGACUCGAGGAUCUUACCAUUCAACUUAAAACCAAAGUCGAGGAAGAACAUGAAUUAUCAGUGCGAAAUCGUAGUUUACAAGAGAUGUUCAAUCAAGAGGUGAAAAAUCGCACCCGAUUAUCGCUUCACAAUGAAGAAUUACAAUGGAAAUUGAAACAAAACUCGGAAAAAUACACCACCACAUUGAAUGAACUUUCAAAAAGUUACCAAGAUCCAUCGAUGCUCUCUGACUUCAAGAAUAGUUUAUACGCACCAAUUUCGGAGACAAGCCAAGAAAGAAAUGAUACACUUCAAUUGAAUUCAUCACCGCCGACAUCGCCAGUGAUCAAAGGUGUUGUAGAAAAAUGCGAUUCCGUAUCAUAUGUAUUAGAAUUGAAUGAUGAUGAAUCAGCCGAAGCCGUGGCCAGUCGUGUAGUCAAACGUGCCGGUUCAUUCCGUGUAAAUAAUUACAAAGAGCGUUCACCAUCAUUCAGACGUCAAUAUUCACUUGGUGGUGCAAAUGCAUUGAGUCAAUCGGCAUCAGCAACCUCAUUGUCACGCCAACAUUCCGAUUCACCAGUGAAAACAAUUGGUGGAAUUGUAAAAUUACAAAAAACCCCACGUACUCGAUCGUAUUCACUGAAUGCCAGCAAUGAACCAAAGAAAACACAAAGUGUACCAAUCGAAAUAGCAAAUUCCGACUACACCAAAUGGCAACGAUCAAUGAAAACAAUGUCAACCAGCAGCCCAUUGACAUCAUCACGAAAGUACAAGAAUAAUGGACAGCCAAAUGGUUUGGCUGAAAUUGAUGAUGAUACCGCUGGCACCAUGUCAUCUCCCAUAUCCAUCGCUGAUGUGGAUUUAGCAAAAGAUUUCGUGCCAGCGCAACGAAGUCGUACAACUCUGAUUCCUGCUCAAAAUAGCAUUAAAAAGCGUCAACAAAUCAAAGAAUCGGCCGGUGAAGCAAUGGUGUCACAACAAAGUGAAGAUGAUCAAUCGUUUGGUUCCGAUUCAACGUCGGCAUCAUCGAGCAGUGCUGCCUCACCGUCACAUUCGAGCAAACAUCGACCUUUGUCGCUUGAUGAAGAAGCGUUUAUGAACAAGAUUGUAGCUAGUCUUAGUACACGUAGCACUCCAAUGGAAGUAAGCUGGUCGGAAGACGGUGACAAUGAACCGUAUGCUCAAGAAUCGAGUGCAUGAUCUGAAGAUAGCUUUUAAGUUUGUUAAAUUAUUAUUUAUGUUUUAGUUCAUACUAGUAGUUAUUUUUUUUUUCAUUACUUAAAAACUCUUUUUAAAAAAAUCACUUUAUGUUGACUUCUUGUUAAAGUAUAUAUAUAUUAUUAUAUUUUUGAGGCAAAUUAUAAGCAGAAAAAUGUUAAAAAAAUUGCCCAAUACCACUGCUUGUGGUGGAAAUGAACGUUUAUGGAAUCCUUGCUACAUGGCAAAUGAUAACUUGCUAGAAAAGAACUUUUGAAUUUUAAAGACGUUUUGCCUCAAUGUAAGAAAGAAUUCAAAAUUCACUUUUACAGAUAAAUUAGGGUUUGAUUGAGAUAAACCACUGAUUUCAUUGUAUUAACUUAAAGAGAAAACAAAAUGUACAUUUUUAUAAUAUUUAAUGCAGUUAAGUGAAUAAUUCGUAUAAUGCAACCAUUGAUUAACUACAUUAAGUCAGAGACUAGAGUCUUUAUCAACUAAAAUAUUAUCACUUCGAUCGAAUCAAACUAUAUUCAACGAGUCAACGAUGCAGAUGAGUUAAACAUCCAGAGAUGAUCCAAAUAACAUCAACAUAUCUGAAUCAGUUGACUUCAGUCACACAUUUCAAGACUCUUCGACUCGUUAGUUUCAACUUUCAAAUUUGAAUUGUAUUUAUUUUGAGAUUUAUGUGGUAUUUGAUAAUUAUAACGCAGGCUCAACAUUCAUAAUCAUUAGCAAAAUAUGCAAUGCACAAUUUAAAAUUUUAUUUUUUGGAUUGUGUACAUAUAAAUUAUGUUUUCUUUUGACAAAAACAAAUCAAUGAAAAUUCACAUUUAAAGCAUCAUUUUUGUUGUUGAUUUAUUUGUUGGCGAUUUUCAAUCUUUUGAAUUUCAAUCAAUUUACGAUUUGUCUGAGUAUGUCAAUAUAUGGGCCAUUCCCUUUUAGAAUAUAAAUUUGAAAUGGAAUGCCCAAAAGUGCACACACACAUUUUCAAAUACACUUCAAUUUUAUUGAGAAGACACAAAUAUGACAAAUUCCGAAAAAUACAUGUAAUCGAAAUGGAAAAAAAUAAUACUUAAUAUUUGUUGGAUUGAAACAUAUGAGCUGUUAUUAGAAUAACAAUAUAAUUGUUUCCCCCAAAAUAUAUACAGUCGAUCAUGAGAAGAUGAAAUGAGUCGAAAAUAAAAUGUUCACAGUACAAUAGAACA